AUGGUCAUUUUUGUUGAUGUGCGUAUUGGACAUGUCACUAGUUGUUUUGGUCAUUCUGUUGUGAGAACGCGACUUGGUUUUGGGACGAGUUUCACAUCUAUUUCAGCUGGGUGGAAAGGUUUACGUGGUUCAGUUUUGAGCUGGAGGUGGAAUUGUGAAUCAUGUUUUAUUAAUUUUGUGCAGGAUGGUUCAUACAAAUCGUUUGAAAUAAGGUGA